CCCCAAGAUGCGGGCGCCGGCCAGGGAGCUUUUCCGAGACUCUGCCUUCCCCGCGUCGGACUCCUCGAUCUUCUCCAGCUUCUCCACGCCGCUGGUCCAGUUCCGGGAGGAGAUCACGUGGAGGCGGCCCCAGGAGAUCUGUGCCGAGCCGCGGCUCUUCGCCGAUAGCCCGCAGGAGGGCCAGGUGAAGCAGGGCCUGCUGGGGGACUGCUGGUUCCUGUGUGCCUGCGCCGCCCUGCAGAAGAGCCGGCGCCUCCUGGACCAGGUCUUUCCGCCAGGACAGCCGAGCUGGCUCGACCAGACGUACCGUGGCUCCUUCACCUGCCGCGUGUGGCAGUUUGGACGCUGGGUGGAGGUGACCGUGGAUGACCGUCUGCCUUGUCUUGCAGGGAGACUCUGCUUCUCCCGGUGCCAGCGAGAGGAUGUGUUCUGGCUCCCCUUGCUGGAGAAGGCCUAUGCCAAGGUCUCUGGGUCCUAUGAGCACCUGUGGGCAGGGCAGGUGGCAGACGCCCUGGUGGACCUCACUGGUGGCCUGGCGGAAAGGUGGAACCUGAAGGACCUGGCCAGGCCCGGCGGCCAGCAGGACAGGCCCGGCGGCCAGCAGGACAGGCCCGGCGCCUCGGAGCCCAGGACUUGCCGGCAGCUGCUUGUCCUGAAGGACCGCUGUCUGAUAAGCUGUUCGGUGCUCAGCCCCCGAUCAGGUGCCAGGGAGCUGGGGGAGUUCCACGCUUUCAUUGUCUCGGACCUGCGAGAGCUCCGGGGUCUGGCCGGGGAGAGCAUCCUGCUGCUACGGAUUCAGAACCCCUGGGGCCGGCGGUGUUGGCAGGGGCCCUGGAGAGAGGGGGGCGAGGGGUGGAGCCGGGCGCAGCCAGGGGACGAGUCUGCGCUGCUGGCCGAGCUCCAGGACGGGGAGUUCUGGGUGGAGGAGGAGGAGUUCCUGCGUGAGUUUGACGAGGUCACCAUCGGCUUCCCGGUCACCGAGGCCGGCCACCUGCAGAGCCUCUGCUCAGGAAAGGCGCUGUGCCACACUCAGCAGCUGCCCGGGGCCUGGGUCAAGGGGCAGUCGGCAGGCGGCUGCCGGAACAACCGCGGCUUUCCCAGUAACCCCAAGUUCUGGCUGCGGGUCUCGGAACCCAGCGAGCUGUACGUGGCCGUCCUGCAGAGACCCCGGAUGCGCCUGACAGGCCGAGCCCCAGUGCGGGACGACCGUGCCUCCCGGAGCCCCACGAGCUGCCUGGGCAAGGACCGCCAGGCCGUGGGUUUGCACAUCUGGAAGGUGGAGAAGCGGCGGGUCAGCCUGCCCAGGGCCCUGUCCGCGCCCCCCGUGGCAGGCACUGCGUGCCACGCGUACGACCGUGAGGUCCACCUGCGCUGUGAGCUCGCCCCGGGCUUCUACCUGGCCGUGCCCAGCACCUUCCUGAAGGACGCGCCGGGGCAGUUCCUGCUCCGCGUCUUCUCCAGCGGGAGGGUCUCGCUCAGUGCCAUCAAGCCGGCGGCCCAGAGCGUUGCCCACCCGGAGGGCCUGCCCGCGGGCGAGUGGGAGACGGUGCAGCUGCGGGGCUCCUGGAGAGUCGGCCAGACGGCGGGGGGCAGCCGGAACUUUGCCUCCUACCCCACCAACCCCUGCUUCCCGCUCUCAGUGCCCGAGGGCUCGGGCCCUCGCUGUGUCCGCAUCACUCUGCGCCAGCACUGCCGCGACGUCGAGUGCCUCCCCAUCGGCUUCCACGUCUUCCAGGUUCCGCUGGACGGCGGGGCCCAGGGUGCCUCCUCGCUGCUGCUCCAGGAGCCUCUGCUGAGCUGCGUGCCACACUGCUACGCCCAGGAGGUGAGCCGGCUCUGCCACCUGCCCGCGGGGACCUACAGGAUCGUGCCCUCCACCUACCUCCCGGACACAGAGGGGGCCUUCACGGUGACCGUGGAGACCAGAAUAGACAGAACCCAGAGGCCUGACCCUGCCCUCCUCGCCCACAGGCGCUCCAUCCACAGCCAGGAGAUGCUGGGGCAGCUGCUCACGGAGGCCUCCUUUAUGGCGGUGAUGAAAAGCUAACCGGAUGGCCUUCCUGUCGGCUCUGGUGACCGGGCUCCAAGGGGCCCCCAGUGGCCCACGGGUCACCGCCACGGCGGCCGGGCCGGUCCCGGUGGAAAGCAGCAGCCCUGGGGUCGAGCAGGUGCUUCAGGAAGGGCCAGAAAACCUCAGGGGCAUUUUUGUUCCUGCCGCUGAGACUGCAGAGCUUCCCGAAGUCCUCCAUGCCGUCCAUCUCCUUGGCCCUGGAGAGAGGCCUACAGCAGGACAGUGUCGCCACAGACCUUGUUUAGAAGUAUUUAUUAGAAGCGUUUUUAGGUCAUGACUUUAUAAAUAAACCGUUAGCAUCGA